UUCAAAGGCGACAUCACUGAAAUCAUGUGAUGUCAAGAACCAAUUGAAAGAGGCUGUGGAAAGGGGAACAGUUAAAUUUGUAAUAUUGGUUGUGUGAAACACUUCUUUGGGCCUCAUAAACAACCACAGAACCACAAGUUGGGUACAGAGGCAGUCACACAAGAGUGGGUCCGGGAUAUUGGUCAGCAGGCAGGGCGAAUCACUUUGACUGGAAACCACAAGAGUUUCGUAGGGUGGUGAAAGAAAUUACAUAUCACCCCCUUUUUAAAAAGAGAAUAAGUUUUUAAAGAGGAAACCAUGGCUUCAAACAGCAUAUUUGAGUCAUUUCCUUCUUACCAGCAGUGCUUCGUGCGAGAUACCAGCACCAGCCGCCGCUUCACGCCGCCCUCCACCACUCUGAGUCCGGGCAAGAUGAGCGACACGCUGCCGCUGGUCGGCCAAGAGAACAGCAGCGGCGCCCUGGUGGGGAAGCUGAGAAGCGCAGACCGCAGCAUGGUGGAUGUCUUAGCCGAUCACCCAGGCGAACUGGUCCGCACCGACAGCCCCAACUUCCUCUGCUCUGUCCUGCCCACCCACUGGAGAUGCAACAAAACUUUGCCGAUCGCCUUCAAGGUAGUGGCCUUGGGAGAUGUCCCUGAUGGAACUCUGGUCACAGUAAUGGCUGGAAAUGAUGAAAACUAUUCUGCAGAACUCAGAAAUGCUACUGCUGCCAUGAAAAACCAAGUAGCACGAUUCAAUGACCUGAGAUUUGUGGGCAGAAGUGGAAGAGGGAAGAGCUUCACUUUGACCAUCACAGUCUUCACAAAUCCUCCACAAGUAGCCACAUACCACAGAGCUAUCAAGAUCACAGUGGAUGGUCCUCGAGAGCCAAGAAGACACCGUCAGAAACUAGACGAGCAGACAAAGCCUGGGAAUUUGUCCUUUUCAGAACGUCUGAGUGAACUGGAGCAGUUGCGUCGCACAGCCAUAAGGGUCAGCCCACAUCACCCAGCCCCCACACCUAACCCAAGAGCUUCCUUGAACCACACCACUGCUUUUAACUCUCAGCCUCAGAGCCAGAUUCAGGAUACAAGGCAACUUCAGCCAUCUCCUCCAUGGCCUUAUGAUCCAUCUUAUCAAUAUCUGGGAUCAAUUGCAACCCCUUCGGUUCAUCCAGCAACACCAAUUUCUCCUGGAAGGGCCAGUGGAAUGACAUCCCUUUCAGCAGAACUUUCAAGCCGACUGACAGGUGCAUCUGACUUAACAGCAUUCAGUGAUCCAAGAGUAGGAAUUGAUCGUCCUUUUCCUGCAAUUCCUUCCAUUUCUGAUCCUCGCAUGCACUAUCCCGGAGCGUUCACCUACACUUCAACACCUGUCAGCUCAGGAAUAGGAAUUGGUAUGUCUGCUAUGACCACUGCCACAAGAUACCACACUUAUCUACCCCCUCCAUACCCAGGUUCUUCUCAGGCUCAAGGUGGCCCAUUUCAGACCAGCUCUCCUUCUUAUCACCUCUACUAUGGAACAUCAGCAGGAUCAUACCAGUUUUCCAUGAUGUCUGGAGGAGAUCGGUCACCCCCACGUAUCCUUCCUCCUUGCACUAAUGCUUCCACAGGAUCUACUCUCCUCAAUCCCAAUCUUCCAAACCAAAAUGAUGUUGUGGACACAGAAGGCAGUCAUAGCAACUCCCCUACCAACAUGGGGACCACAGCAAGGCUAGAAGAAGCAGUAUGGCGACCAUAUUGAAUUAUUAGUACAGAUGUUCUAUCUGCUGAUGACCAUAUUUUCCCAUGAACAGCUGAGAGUGCUGCCAUGUUUAUGUAUCAUACUGAAAAGCAAUCAAUCCAGAAGUCAGUAUUUUCCAGGAAUGGUGUCAUGGUGUUAUCCAAUUGAUUUUGGUCAGUGAGGUGAUAACAUUCCAGAAACGUGCACUCAUCCAGGGGCUGAACUUCUGAAAAUGAGAACAUUUGAGAUGGUAGUACUCACUUUAUCUGUAGAUAUGGGGAAGGAUAGAUAUUUGUCAAUAUGUUUCCAGAGCUUGCAAUUUCAAACACAGUUUUGGAGCUCAUCAAAGCUUUUAAAGAGUGUUUUGUUUGACAUUUUGUUUGGAGGCUUAAAGCCUAACACAAUCUUCAUGAAUUUAAACAAUCAUUUUAACAUGUUAGUUAAAAGGAAGUAUAGGAAGAUUCUCAGAGAAAAACUGUGAAUACUUCUGAUUUAGCAAUGCUGUGAAUGAGAAGUUUUGUAUCCUGGAAUUAAUUUUUUAACCAAGUUGUAUAUUCCAAAGAGUAUGGGAAUUCUUUUUAUUUUUUAUUAUUUGUUUAGGAUGCAACUCAUCCUCUUUUGCAUAUCAUUUUUUAAAUUUUCUUUUUUGGCACCUUAAAAAUGGCGAAAAAGAUCUAAUCUUUUAAAAAUGUGCUUGCUUUUCUCGUAUUUUGCCUGCUGAAGGCAUCAAUCCCCAUCCCCACCCCUUCCAGGGAGGUAAUUUAAUUUUUCCUUUAAUAUAAAAGAGUGACAGCCUUGAAUCCUUUUCAACUACUGAAAACAUAUAUGAUGAGUUACUCGAUAUUUAUGCUCAGCAUUGACUUUUUGUGUGUGAUACCUUUUAUUAUUUAAAUAUGCUUAAGGAGAAGCACAUGCAUUUUUGUAGCAACCAAAGUUUAAAACUAUCCCAUAUAAAAUGACUGGAAUAAUUAUGGGUAAUGUGACUUUUAAUUAUUUAGAAGUAUUGUUUACAUUUAGCUCCAUUUCACUUUUCAUCAGUCAUUUAAUACCCAGUGAGGUCAUUUUUGUCCAUUUGAAAACCCAGAAUUAUGUUCAAUCUUAGUAUGAUGGAAAUAUUUUGGUUUGAAUAUCUGUGUGUCUCCACUCAACAAAAUUAAGAACUUUGCACCAGAUUUUACCACUGUUUUGUCCUGAUGAUUUUAACAGAAGUGGUGACUUGGGGGAAAGAAGUUCAGAGUUAGCAUUCAGAGUUUCCAGCACAGCAGGAUGUUACGUUCCAUGCACCAACAUUGAAAGGCACUAGCAGGGAAAAGUAAAACCAGUCACAGCUGUAUAUCCAGAAUGCCACAGAGGUUGGUAACUUCCAAGCCUAUAUAUUAUGGGCAAAAUCUGACAAAAUACCAGACAUUCUACUCUGCUCUAGUGAGAAAUGCAAGAAUUUGUUUCAGGCUGUGAUCCUAAGCAAGAUCAUUGGGACACAAGUUCCACUGAAAUCAAUAGGACUUAGGCCACACUUGGUGUGGCUCAGAGUCAAAAUAACUGUACAGAGAUUUGGGGUGGGGGGGGCGAGCAGCCUCAAGAUAUUGCAAGUGUGAGUGCAGAAAUAGCAUGGGAGUUGCUCAACCCUUUCCAUUCCAGCUUUUGAUUCUUUUCACCCCAGUUUGACGCUCCUUGCUGAAGAAAUCCCCCCACCCCACCAUGGAUUAGAAAGCAGCCUGGGGAGCGUUUGGAAUGGAAAAAUGACAAAGGGGGGAGAGUUAAGCAUCCCCUCCCACACACUUUUCUUCUAUUCAAAUUGCAAGUUGCUUUUGAUUUCGCCCCAUACCCCGCCACUGAUAUGCUACAUAUGACUCCUUUUCGCAUCUAGACUAGGUCUUGGUUCCAGGAUUUGGAAGAAGCCAGAAUAUGCAGCAUCUUGCAAUACUGAGCCCAUAGUUUGGAAGGAAAGGUAGAAUAAUAUUCAGAAUGGGUACAUGGGAUAAUCCACCCUAUAGCCUUCUUCUUUUUCAUGAUAGCUCUACUAGAGUGUUGUUCUGGAACUAUCACUGUUGUCUAAUAAUACACCUCAAAAAUAUCAGACAUCACUGUACAUUUUAAGGCACUAUUUUAUUUGAGAGUUUGGCCUUAAUGCAAUUGUUCUCAUUAAAUGAAAACUGCUGAAGUUAACAGAUUCACAAUUAUCUUCUGAUUAAUAAUAAUUAAUGGGCCUUCUUUAAAAUGUUGGAACAAUUGUAGGUCAACUCUUCUGAGUAUUUGAAAGCAUGCCUUUCAGUGUUGGGUGUUAAAAAAAUUAAUAAAGGAUUUGGUUUAGAAAGAUCCUUAGCUGCAGGCAGCAGAACAGCUGGACUUAUUUAAAAUAUUUGUUUCUUUAUAUAUAUAUAUAUAUAUAUUUGUAGAAUUUUGCUUUUGCAUUAUUUGUGUGUCUGAUGCAGUAGCACUUUGGUAUAAAAUGUUACAGAGUGAAGCAGCUCAUGUCAUCAGUGAGGUCAACUCUCUGCAGAAAAUUAUUCCAACUAACCUCAGUCAAAGCUCAAAAGAUUAUACAAUGUAAUUUUUAUCCCUUUCACUUUAAUAUAUUAUUUAUCUAUUCGAGAUAAAUUUCAUGUGCUUUGUAAGUGGUUGUUUUGCAACUGGAAGAUAAAAAUUUGCUUUAAAAAAACAACCACAUUUGGAAGAUACAAGACAAUUCAAAUGGAAAAGACUUCCAAAAUAGCAAAUCGUACAAAACUGUUACAGUCACGUUCUUUGAUUUCUCAAGUAUUGAUUUCUUAUGUCUCAGUGACAUGUAAAUCCUUUUACAGGAUUAAACUUAAAACACAAUGCAUUUCCUUUUGUGCUGCAUGUGCUUAUUGCGAGCUUCCAUUUAGAUGGAGAAAGGCAUUGGUUUACUGAAGAUGUCCGUGACAAAGGCCAAGGUUUCUACGCUCUGUGAUUUAUGCCAUUCUAUCCAGUUAAAAGAAUUCACUGUCUAGGCACCUGUGCUAUGGAUGAUUUUGCUUAUCAGUCCCUUCCACAGAUGGAGCCAUAUGAGCAUAGUGAGCAGCAUUACUAGGGUAGAUAAUAAUGAGCUUGAGCAGGACAAGAGUCUGAGAGAGGCUGCAGUUUUUUGAACCCUAGAGCUGCCAGCCAAGUUGGCAUUAAGGAGGCAAAAGGCCAUGUCUAAGCACUGCAUAUUCAUACAGAGAGCUGCACUAAAUGUGUGUUUCUCCAGAUAGGUCAGUUUCAUUUUAUGGCCAUUCUAUACUCUUUUUACCCUACUCUAUUGGUAUAUCAUCAACAUUCAAAAUAUGAGAAGGCUAACACAUAAAGGACAGAAGAGUUACUACCACUCAGCCUAGAUAACUGCAUUGAACAUUUUACCUUUUACAGUAUAUAAAUAAUAGUAGUAGAAUACUACCAUUAGUAUACUACUAUUAUCAAGCGGUAUAUAAUUCAUAGUAGUAGUAUUAGUGCCUACAUCUACCUUCCAUUCAGUCUUGUGUUCUGGAGCUCCUGCUUGCCUUCCUGGAGUGCUGUUUUCAAGCAUUCCCUAGAUUAAUGGCAAUAUAUCAGUUACUUCUCCCUUCAGCCUUCACCGUGUGGAGUCUUCAUUAUCCCUGCAGAACUCUGCAUUUAAUAUUUAACAUGCUAGGACCACCAUCCAGACACACACCAUUCAUUGCUCAUUUUUUUCCAGGAAACUAACCAGAUCUGCCUUUCAAAAAGCACUUCUUCUCAUGGCUUAAUGUCAGUAAAUCCUGAGGUCAGAAUAUCCUAAAUAUGGUUAAUCCUAAAUUAAUGCCAUAGGUUUCAAUAGAACGUCAGAGGGAAGGUACUUGGGACUAAGAGACACCAAGAAUGGCGUACAUAACACAUCUCUGAGAUGGUUUGGAAAAGAUCUCUCCAUUGGGGAUUAAUUUUGCAAGGUAUUGAUCAUAAUGGCUGACUUGAUUGGUGUGCAGCCCUCCAUCACCCCUGAGUUGCUGCAGGCUCCCCACUUCAGAACCAGCGGCUCUCUGAGUAGCAAUACUGCAGUUUCCCCCAUUCGUCGCAAUAGGAAAAACAGCAAGAGCACUGUUUGUGGAACCCCUGGUUCUGAACAGUAAAGGGCUGUUGACACAGCUGCCCUGGGGAGGAGCAUUACAGAGAUGCAAUGCUGUGCAUCAUGUCAGCCACUAGGUUUUAUCCUACAGAACACUUCUCUGUGUUUAAUCACAUAAAUCGAGUCACAGGUGGAUUCAUGAAGUCAUGGCUCUUAAAAGGCUAAAGCUUACUUCCAUGUCCUUCUGGGACUGUACCACUUAGAAUGUGUUGUCUUCUGAAAUGGUACAGCCCCAUGUAGAUUGGUUCUAAAUUGGGGCCCCUUGAGGAGAUACAAGUAGUUGGAGGUACUAGCUACUUCCAGUCCAGUUUUUCAGAAUGUUUCUGGCGAGCAACAACCAACCCUUCAGCCCAUUUGAAGAGAAGCAGCAGAACAAGCCCAUCUCUUUCACAGCAUUUUGACCUGUGUUAGGCUGCUGCCCGUUGGACCUCUUGCUGGUGUGACAGCAGCACUCCCUGCACUUAAGCAUGAGCACAACCAGCUAAGCCACCUGUCUUAACCAUCUUUGUAAAAGUUUGAACCAUAUUUCUUGUAUUUAAAAAGUCCCUCUGGAGCAUAUUUUCAGAACAGCAGACCUAAAGCAUUCCAAGCCAGCCACUGCCAGAGACAGAUUACUGGAUUAAAUGAAACUAGUUUCUGAAAGGUUGUUCUUCUAGUUGACUGAUCACAUACUUAAACACAUGGUUCAGGGUUUAUCUUUUUUUAAAUGCUGGAUCAGGACCAGCAAGCUAAUUACCAAUUAGAACUACAAUUGAGCAGGAUCACUGCAGAUGGGAAAACUUUUAUUAUCCAUGUAUAACCCAAUUAAUGAGAGAUUAAUUACUUUGUAAUCCUAAAAGAACCCCUGUUCCUGUUUGAAUCAUUUAUUUUUAUUCUCUCCAAGAGAGAAGUUUGGGUGUUCCCUUUAUGCAAAAUAUUGCUGGGUUUGAAAAUUCUAUCAUAAGCAGUGCCAUCAAACAGGUGUUGACGAUAGUGGUGAAUACUGAGGAAUCUCUCUUUUAUUUAAGUGUACAGCAUACUUCACAACCCGGUUAAGCUGAAGCAGCAGGAUUUAAAGCAACAGUUUGACUUUAGAUGAGCUCAGCUGGCUUAAGUUUAAAAAGGAAAAGGUAAAAACCAGCUAGGUUCACCACUUUGUGUUGGAGAUCCUGAACAUAUUUAUUAACAAAUACAUCUCACUAAAAUCACUGUCUGACACUUACUUUUGUGUCACGCAGUUGGCAUGAUGUUUGCAUUUGUGCAAAUGCAAUAUUACUAGGCUGACAUAUUCUUGUAAGUAAGCCAGUGGGACUUACUUUCAAGUGAUUGUGUUUAGGAUUGAAUAAACCCUUUAACACUGCUCUAGAAGUAAUAUUGCCCCACAUUCUAAUGCAGCAAUGCAAAUAAAGUUGAUUUAUUUCUGAGUGCUAAGCUUAUAAAUAGAUUGUCCCCUUAAACUUAUUUUCCAGAGAUGUCCCACAAUGAAAUUGAUGUAUGUUCUUAAUUUCUUCUGCCCUCAAAAUAUUCAUUACUUUCCACCAAAAUAUUUGUUAUUGAUUGCUCAAAAAUUCUUGUUUAUAACAAUUCUGUUUAUAAACAUUUUAUUAUAUUAUAAGGCUUUUUUAUGCCUUACAACAUUGUUCUUAAUUUUGCUAGGUCAAUACUAUCCACUAGUUUCUUUCUCCCCCCCCCCCACCUGUUUAUUGUAAAAGGGUUGUGUCAGGAGACUUAAUUGCAUUUAUGUGUGUAAAUAGGUUUUAACGGCUUCAUAGAAAAAUAUUGUUAAUGCUUCUAAGUAUUCAACAGUUUUCAUUUGCUGCAUCUUUUCUAAACUUGCCUUUGCUAAAUACUGUAGAAAACAUGUUUUUUUCCAACAAUUAUUCUAGAUUUCGAGAUUAACUAUUUUAGUUACUUUGUAAAACAGUUACAGCAUGGUUUUGUAUGGCACAUCAAAAAAAAAACUCUUCACUUUUUUGUUGUAAGAGAAAGUGAAUGUGCAAACAACUGUGGGUUAUUUGUGGUAUUCUGGAUGUAACAGAUACAGUGUCAGAAAAAAACCAUGUUUCAGUGAGAAAUGAUUAUGUGGUAAGUCUGAUGGGUGAGCACAAUGGCAAAUUGGGCCUUUUGGACACACUUUGGAUGUGUGAGUUCAACAUUUUCUGAGUGUAUUUGCAACCAACUGGUGCUGUGUACUGGAAUUGCCACAACUUCUCCGGAUACUGUCAUACAGAUCGCUUUCAAAAGGGGAAUUUAUUUUUUCUCAAAUGAUAACCAGGUGUUUUAACUAGGAAGGGAACAGGAGUCUAUUCCCCCCACCCCCCAUCUUAGAUACCGUAUCCAAGCAGGCACUUCCUCUACAUAGCAAGGUCAGGGUGUCCAGGAGAAUUCAUUGUCACGAGCAUGCAGAGCAGCUGGACUGCUGCAUUAGUUCUAAUGGAAACUUGCUUUCUUUGUACCACAACGUCUUCUGUAAAUUCAAUAUUAUAAUUAGUGUGAAUGGCAAAUAAAUUGUUUGAGAAUUA